UUUUUUUUAAAACCUACAGGUGAAAUUUCGUUAAUUGCCCACAAAAUGUGGAGCGGGUCAGAAAGUUUUGGAUAUUAUGUAGAUGAGACCAGGAAAAGAUAUUGUCCGAAAAAAAUCAAAUUUAUGUAAGCCUUUAACGAGUUGUUUGUCAACCAGAAUGCUUUAUGAAUGCCAAAAGCCGAGGAGUUUGGCGUGGUGUGGUGCACACGCUCUCACCUGCACCGGGCGCGAGAUGCUGAUCGAGCUCGCAAUCAACUGGCGCGACAAGGACUCGCAUGUUUCCUGUGCAGAAUUACCAAAAAAAAACAUCAUCAUGAAAAUUAUUUUUGUGACUCUCUUGGUGUGCUUAUUGGCCUUUGUCAUUGUGUCUGCCGUACCAAUUGAUGAGACAGUCGUUGGGGAUGUUUACGAAGCGGACAAUUUCAACCCACAAGAUCCUAAUUCCUUCUUUAAGCUCAAAAAACUCAAGAAGCUUCUUCUUCUCGGUUGAGCUUACACCUCUUUUUCCAUAGAGGCUUUCCAAUUUCUAUAAUAAUCAGUCAAAACUCACCGCCAAUGAUCAGCAAAGAUGAACCACUCAUUUCAACACUAUCUUCCGACAGUAUAAUCAACUGCCAUUGAACUUCUUAUGGGGCCACGGGCAGAUUCACUGUAACUACACUCUUACCGCAAAAAGAUGUCAAUUAAUUUGGAGAUCAAAACUCACAAACUAUGUUGCAAAAAUGAUCAUGAAAUCAUUUUUCCAUAUUCAUUUUAUUUACCAAUUCUUUUUUUAAAGUAGUUAUUAGGUAAUCUUUGUAUGUAUAUAAUUUAAAUAAUAAAGAGACAAAAUGUUUUUUUUGUAAUAUACCCGAAA